AUGUCAUCGGCCCGCCACCGCCGCCGCUCGCCGCCCGACGACUACGACUACGACGGCUACGAAAGCCCCCCGCGCCGCGCCGCGCCCCGCCCACGGGCACCGCCGUCCUACAACUCGGAUGACUACGACUACGUCGCGCCAGACCACGACCCGACGGGGCGCGCCUCGCCGCCCGCAUACCAGGACUCCCCGCCACCUCCACCACCCCAAGCAUCAUCCUCGUCCCGCCGCCGCGACGCCCACCGCCCGGCCCAGGCCCCGCCCCGCGCCCGUUCCCUUGACGGUCCCACCCGCCGCCCGACGCGCAGGCGCCGCGACAGCUACAGCGACUACUCGUCAGACGAGUCCUCGCCAGACGACCGCUACGCCUCAUCAUCAUCGUCGAGGCGGCCUCCGCGCCGGUCCGAGACGCAGAGGCAGCCGCCCGGUCGGGGCCGCGGGUACUACCCGCCUCGGGCAGGCGAGAACCGGCGCGGCGGCGGGCGAGACGAGCCCAGCCGCGACAGGGAUCGAGACCGAGACCACGGCGGCGGCGGCAGCAGCAGCAGCGGCCGGGCGCGGUCGUCGUCGACGUCGAGCAACAAGGACAAGAUGAUGGCGGCCAUCGGGCCGGCGCUGGCGGCGGGGGCGGCCGAGGCCUGGCGGAUGCGGAGCCAGAAGGGGCGGUGGGUGGAGAAGGCGCCGAGGGUGGCGACGGCGGCUGCGGGCGCGGCGGCCAUCGCGGCUUUCAAGAAUGGCGGGGAUGACGGGGGACGGGAUGAUCGCCGGAGCCGGGAUCGGUAUGACGAUCGGUAUGAUGACCGGUAUGAUGACCGCAGGGGGAGGAAGGAGGAAGAGGAUUCGGGGUUCAGCAAGGGGGCCAUGUUGAAGAGCAUGGUGGGCGGCUUGAUCAUGAACCGAUUCGCGCAUGGCUCGAGGAAUCAGUCGGUCAACGGAAUGACGGGACCCCACCUUGUCGUUCUCGGCGCCGGCGUUAUCGGCCUCACGACGGCCCUGACGCUGCGCGCCCGGCACCCGUCGGCGCGCAUCACCAUCCUCGCGGCCGACUUCCCGGGCGACUACAACAUCGACUACUGCUCCCCCUGGGCCGGCGGCAACUGGUGCUCGGCGGCCACCGACGAUGGGCUGCUCGAGUCGUUCGACCGCGUGACCUACGAGCGCUUCGCCGCCAUUGUGCGCCAGAGCCCCGAGGCGGGCAUCCAGUGGUCGCCGCUGCGCAUGAUCUUCGACCAAAAGAUAGAGGACGCCGCCAUCCUGAGCGAGGGCACGGGCAAGCUGUGGUAUGACGAGCUCGUGGGCGGCGUGAAGGCGGUGGCGCAGGGGGCGCUGCCGGCGCGGGCGGCGUUUGGGCUCGACGUGCCGCGGACGUUUGUGAUCAACACGCAGAUCUACCUGCAGUGGUGCGUUCCUGUUUCCUCCCUUCGUACUCUGUCCCCGUUGCUCCUCGAAAAGUGCCGCCAGGGCAACGUGACGCUCGACCGGCGCCGCAUCACGCACAUCCGCGAGGCGCGCAUCGCCGCAGACGUCACGGCGGUCCUCAACUGCACAGGCCUCGGCUCGCACUCGCUCGGUGGCGUCGAGGACAAGGCCAUGUACCCGACGCGCGGCCAGACGGUGCUCGUCGAGCAGCCGCUGCAGCCGCUGCGGCGCAUGUACUUUCGGUCGCCGCGGCGCGUCGACAACGACACGACGUACGUAUUCCAGCGGCCCAUGGCGGGGGGCGUCGUGCUCGGCGGGUGUCGGCAGGACGGCAACUGGAGCGGCGAGGUCGACGAGGCGCUGGCGCAGGAUAUCAUGCGACGGUGCUGCGCGCUGGCGCCGGAACUCGGGAGACCGGAGGAUCUCAAGAUCAUUCGGCAGGGCGUCGGGCUGCGGCCUGGGCGCAAGGGGGGGCCGAGGGUCGAGGUCGAGGUUGAGGGCGAGGACGAGGACGAGGUCAAGCGCGAGGGUGCGUCUGGCGGAGGCGGGGCCUCGGCCGCUCUUGUUGUACUGCACAAUUACGGGCACUCUGGCGCGGGCUAUCAGGCCUCCUGGGGCUCGGCGGAGCACGGCGUCCGAUUACUGGAGGAGAAGCUCGGUCUCGGCGUGGGGAGGGUGACGAGGCUGUGA